AUGUUUUUAUUCAUUCGCAUAGCAACAUUAGUCACCACGCGAUUUUCUUUCUGAAUUUGCUUGUACUUCUUCUGGACGAAUUUAGAAGGUUUUCACUUUUGCUUCCAGAAAAAUAGACAAAAAUGUUCGGUGGUCAACAGCCUAUUUUAGUUUUGAGUCAAAACACAAAACGUGAGUCCGGCCGGAAGGUUCAGCUCGAAAAUAUUAAUGCAGGAAAGACGAUAGCGGACGUUAUCCGAACAUGCCUCGGACCUCAGGCGAUGUUAAAAAUGUUGAUGGACCCCAUGGGUGGCAUCGUGAUGACCAACGAUGGCAACGCUAUACUUCGGGAGAUCACUGUACAGCACCCCGCAGCCAAAUCUAUGAUAGAAAUCGCAAGAACACAAGAUGAAGAGGUUGGUGACGGAACCACAUCAGUAAUAGUCCUGGCUGGAGAAAUGCUGGCUGUGGCUGAGCAGUUCCUGACCCAGAACAUCCACCCCACAGUCAUCAUCAGGGAGUACCGGCAGGCCCUUGAGGAUGCCGUUAAACUACUGGAGGACAAGAUCUCUAUCCCCAUUGACAUGAAUGACAAGGAAAAGAUGAAGGAAGUUAUCCGUUCAUGUGUGGGCACCAAGUACAUUGGGCGCUGGGCCGACCUGGCUGUAGACAUUGCCUUGGAUGCGGUCAACACCGUCAUGGUCAAUGAGAACGGCAGGGUGGAGGUUGAUAUUAAGAACUACGCCAAAGUAGAGAAGAUCCCCGGAGGCACGGUGGAGGAGUCCCGCGUCCUGAACGGCGUCAUGAUCAACAAGGACGUGACGCACCCUAAGAUGCGGCGCUACAUCGAGAACCCGCGCAUCGUGCUGCUGGACUGCCCGCUCGAGUACAAGAAGGGCGAGAGCCAGACCAACAUCGAGAUUGUGGGAGAACAGGACUUCACAAAGCUGCUCCAACUGGAGGAGGAGCACGUGCAGCGCCAGUGCGAGGACAUCAUCGCGCUGAAGCCCGACAUCGUGUUCACGGAGAAGGGCGUCUCUGAUUUGGCGCAGCACUACCUGGUCAAGGCUGGCAUCACCGCCAUCCGCAGAUUGCGCAAGACCGACAACAACCGGCUGGCGCGCGCGUGCGGCGCCACCAUCGUGAACCGCACGGAGGAGCUGCGCGAGGCCGACGUGGGCACCGCCGCCGGACGGUUCGAGGUCAAGAAGAUCGGCGACGACUACUUCUCCUUCAUCACCGACUGCAAGAACCCCAAGGCGUGCACAAUCCUGCUUCGCGGUGCUUCCAAGGACGUGUUGAAUGAAAUCGAGAGGAACCUCCAGGAUGCUCUUCAUGUUGCUAAGAAUUUGGUGCUGAGCCCGCGGCUGGUGGCGGGCGGCGGCGCGGUGGAGAUGGCCGUGUCGCAGGCGCUGGGCCUCAACGCGGCGCACAACACGCCCUACCGCGCCGUGGCGCAGGCGCUAGAAAUCAUCCCUCGCACACUCGCUCAAAACUGCGGCGCCAACACCAUCCGCACCCUCACCGCGUUGCGCGCCAAGCACGCCGCCGGCGGCAGCACGUUCGGCAUCGACGGGGAGACCGGCGCCAUCGUCGACAUGGCUGCCAAGGGCAUCUGGGAGCCUCUCGCCGUCAAACUGCAGGUGUACAAGACGGCAGUGGAGACAGCCAUCCUGCUGCUGCGGAUCGACGACAUCGUGUCGGGCUCCAAGAAGAAGGCCAACGACCCCGCCGCGCCGCCCGCGCCCGCGGCCAUGGCGGCCGGCCAGGAGUAACUCACACAUACGUUUACGCCUAGCUAGCGCAUCUCUUCAGUGCUGGGUUUUGGUCAAUUGCAACGAUUAGUGUAAGGCCUGAGUGGACGCUCGGUGGCGGGCGUGCAGCGUGGCGUCGGGCUCGCGUGCUGUGAGCCGCGCGCACUGCCUGCGGCCGCUCCUCCACGCUUGCAUUUGUUUAAUAUGCCCGCCGCUCCGCGCCCGCCCAACUCCAGCGGCCACUCAGGCCUUACAUUUAGUGUUGGGAAAUUCUGAAGAAGGUCUAGUGUGACUGAUCACUUAAGUUUUUUGCGAAAUAUGUUUAAAGAGUGGAAUAUCUCGAACUCCUAUGAAAUUGUUUGAACAUUAUCGAGCGGUAAACCUUUUCCUUCCUGUUCGCUUAGGACUAGAAUACUUAAGUUUGCCUGGAUAGCUUAAGAUUACGAUAUGGCUAGGUCAUGUACUAACUACUACUACUCUACUCUGGCGUCAAAUGAUGCAAGUCAAGCGAAAUUUAAUUCGAUCACUGUACUAGACCUUCUGUUCAUUCAUAUCACACUUAUGGAAAAUUCUGACAAUUAACUGGUUGUUAUUUACCAUUAUUGCGAGCACCGAAGAAUUGCAUAAUUUUAAAUUGUUUAGUAACAUAACUGACACUUUUAGUAAAUAUUGUUAUGUAACUAAAUACUUACUUUAGUCUUUAAUAAUCAAAUGUACCGAGAUUGCAGAUAUUUUUUACACAAAUAUUUAUAUAUAAAAUAGUUUUCAUGCAGUUGUGCGAUAUGAUGAUGCAGGUCAUCUGUGUACAGUUUGGUAUAGUACAGUCGAUUUAAUAAAUGAAUAAAUUUUUUCACCUUAUUGGCUUGGCUUAUGGCAUAAGGUGAAAAAAUUAUACAUAUUUAUGAACUCGACUGUACAAAAAUUAAUGCGUUGUUCAAGUCCACUAGCGCACACGGUGAAUUUUUGCGGCGUUGUAUUUGCCAAAGCAGUCCUCGCAGCACCUAUACCUUUUAGACCAACCAAUAGACCGUUUUAAAAUAGAUCAAGAUAAUGCUUUGCUGAAAUUCGCCGUGUGCUCUAGGGCCCACUUGCACCAUCUCACUAACCCGGAGUUACGCGGUUUAAUCGUUAACCUAAUGUCAAAUUGUACUGGUAACCAUGGUAACUCCAGGUUUAACCGUUUAACCCCGUGUUAGUGGAAUGGGUGAAGUGGGCUUAGGUGUUUUAGUGAGAAUAGUGAGUGCUAGUUGUGUUGCCGGCGUGGGAGGGCAGGAGGCCCUUCAUCAUUUCAUGUCAUUCAUCCAACAACGAUUAAUAUUGCAGUCCAUAAAGUUCCAUUUCUGACACUGGCAAUAUAACCAGCACUACGGUGAGUGUUUAAGGUGGAUAUUUAUUGCUUACUCUCUGUCGUCUGUUAAAACAUUUAGAAUAUUAGAAUUUGUAAUGUUGCGUGGAAAAAUACUUUUGUUUCCUAAUUCUUCUCGAUGAUGCAAUUUAUGUGAUAAAAUCAUCCACGUUUGAUGGUCAGUAACUCAGACGGACACAAAAAGUAUUGAGACCCAAUUUAAUUGUCACUAUAACAUUAUUUGUUGUAAUAAAUAUUCAGUUUGUAUCUCGGUACGUUUUAUUUAAGUCUUAUAGCUUUCACUUAAUGCUAAAAAUGCCUUAUGUAUCACAGUUCGAGAGGACAAUUUAUUUCCUCGUAUGAAACGCUAGUUUUAUUUUAUUUUGUUGUUAAUGGUCACAUCUAAUGUCGUGAAUGCAUUUAUGUUCGUUGCGAAAAUGAUACAGCAAUAGUAUUAAAUGUUUUAUAAAUGUACUAAUAAUUA